AUGCAGAUCCCCGCGGUGAACGUCGAUUUCGUGGGAAUGUCCCUCUAUUUCUUCGUGGUGGACUUCGUCCGCGCGGCGUUCCGCCUCUCCGAGGACGCGCAGCUGUCCAUCGAGGAGCUCAAGAGCUACGGCCGCGCCUUCUGCGCCCUCCCAUGGGAGUUUCGUCGUGGGGGAUCCCUCAUUUUUAGGGAUGUGAAGAACCGCUUCCGGGGCGUGCAUCCGUACACGAACGAGCAGGUGCUGCCGCAGCGAUGUUUUCAGAUCGCGUAUGUGGUGACAUUGCUGGAGCAGGGAUAUCGGCUGGAGGAAGGGGAGCAGAACGCGGUGUCGAUCGAUUUUCUGCGGAAGAUUAAUGGAGAGAGCGUUGAUUGGACGUACGGAGCGGCAUUGUUCAUGGUCGUGCCUCGACAGAUCAGUUUGAAGUGGAUUCUUGCGACCAUCGUCGCUCUUUGCUUUGAAUGCGAGAUUGUCGAUGAGGGAUAG